AUGGAUAAACUUAGCAACCUAUGGAUAAACAUCCUGUUGUUUGAAGCUAUCCUAGAGAUCUCAGGAUACUCUAAGUUGAUGAAAAAGUUGAUGUCCAAGAAGAAAAUUGUUGAAGGUGAUACUAUUGAGGUCACUCAUGAAUGUAGCUCUAUCAUGGAUAGCAAGGUUGCAGAAAAGAAAGAUGACCCUAGAGCAUUCACUAUUCCUUGCACAAUUGGGACGCAUGAAUUUUCAAAAUCUCUAUGUGACCUUGGUGCUAACAUUAACUUAAUGUCUUUUGUCAUAUACAAGAAACUUGGUAUUGCUACCCUGACGCCAACCUCUAUGCAAAUUUUGAUGGAGGACCAGUCUAUAAAAAGGUUGGUGGGUAUAUUGUUUGACGUCCUUGUGAAAGUGGACAAGUUCAUGUGGGUAUAUUCUACUGGGAAAGCCAUUGUCGAUCUAGAUUUGGGGGAGAUGAAAUUUAGAGUGCAAAAGAAUAAGGUCUCUUUCAAAAUUUGCAAGUCAAAGAAGCAAACUGUGGAGUUGCAAGUAGUAUCCGUGGUGGAUGUUGAAAAUGAGAAGAUGAAUGAAGAGGAGUUCAAGGACUCACCUUGA